AUGCCCGGUGUGACGGUGAAGGACGUGAACCAGCAGGAGUUCGUGAGGGCGCUGGCGGCUUUCCUCAAGAAGAAGCUGAAGGUGCCCGACUGGGCCGACACGGUGAAGUUGGCCAAGCACAAGGAGCUGGCGCCCUACGACGAGAACUGGUUCUACACGCGGGCAGCCUCCACAGCCCGUCACCUGUACCUGCGGGGCGGGGCGGGCGUGGGCUCCAUGGCCAAGGUGUACGGCGGCCGGCAGCGCCGCGGGGUCCGGCCCAGCCACUUCAGCCGCGCUCGGGCGCCCGUGGCCAGGAGGGUGCUGCAGGCCCUGGAGGCGCUCAAGGUGGUGGAGAAGGACCAGGACGGGGGCCGGAAGUUGACUCCACAGGGGCAGCGGGACCUGGAUCGCAUCGCUGGCCAGGUGGCUGCUGCCAGCAAGAAGCACUGAGGGAGCCAAUAAAUCAUUUCCCCCCCAAA